GCGGCUUUUUUGGUUCAGUAGUCUGUAGGCUGCCUGAAGACCGACAGCUCUACCAGGAGGUGGAGUACCGUAGCUCUUCAACUCCGCGGGACCAGACAUUUGCAGCUAUGUGGUUAUUGAGCUGAAAUCACACAUUUGCUGACUGUAAUAGAUGACAGCAUCCUAAAGACAUGGAGCUUCUUAAAUCUGUGACCUUGUGGAUAUUUUGUCUGUGCCUAUUUGGAGAGUGUGCAUCUGAAAAGCAAAGUUCUCCAACAGUGGAUGGUCAAAAUGGUGAAAGCGGAGUGUCCGAUUUUUGUCGUAUCGAUGAACCACUAUGCAAAGAUGACAACGCCAUCCUCACCUUUGAGGCUAUCCGUAGUAUCCAUAAGCAGAUGGAUGAUGACGCAAACGGCAAUGUAGACGUAGUAGAGACAGAUGGAUUCCUUCGAGAAGACCUUAACUACCAUGACCCCAAGGCCAAACACAACAGCUUUCAUGGCGAUGACCAGUUCAUUAGUGUGGAGGAUCUGUGGAAUGCAUGGAAGGGUUCUGAAGUGUAUAAUUGGACUGUAGAUGAAGUGGGGGAGUGGCUCAUCAGCUAUGUGGAACUGCCUCAGUAUGUGGAUGCAUUUCGCAAGCUGGCUUUCAAUGGAAGUGUUAUGCCAAGGCUUGCUGUAAAGAAUGCUACUCUGACAGUCUCUAUUCUGAAGAUUCUGGAUCGCAGCCAUGUGCAAAAAUUACAACUCAAAGCUUUGGACACUGUUCUUUUUGGACCCCCCCUAAUGAAUCGACACAACCACCUGAAGGACUUCAUGCUUGUGGUGUCAAUAGUCAUAGGAAUGGGAGGCUGCUGGUUUGCCUACAUACAGAAUCGUUACUCAAAGGACCAUAUGAAGAAAAUGAUGAAGGACUUGGAAGGCCUGCAGCGUGCUGAGCAGAGUUUGCAUGAUCUACAGCAAAAGCUGCAGAUUGCCCAGGAGGAGCAUCGGUCUGUUGAAGUGGAGAAGGUGACCCUGGAGCAAAAGCUGAGGAAUGAGAUAAAUGCUGCAAAGCAAGAAGCUCAGCGACUGAGGGAGCUGCGAGAAGGCUCUGAGAAUGAGCUGAGUCGGCAGAAGUAUGCAGAAGAAGAGCUAGAACAGGUGCGCAUGGCUCUGAAGAAAGCUGAGAAGGAGCUGGAGUCCCGGAGUGGCUGGUCACCACCAGAGCCUCUGCAGAAGUGGCUGCAGCUUACCCAUGAGGUAGAGGUGCAGUACUACAACAUCAAAAAGCAAAAUGCUGAACGGCAGCUCCUGGUGGCCAAAGAAGGGGCAGAGAAGAUAAAGAAAAAGAGAAACACUCUAUUUGGGACGUUCCAUGUGGCUCAUAGCUCCUCACUGGAUGAUGUGGACCAUAAAAUAUUGGCUGCAAAGCAAGCCCUCGGUGAGGUGACUGCUGCUCUGAGGGAAAGGCUGCACCGCUGGCAGCAGAUAGAGGUGCUCACAGGCUUUACUAUAGUCAAUAAUCCAGGCCUUCCCUCACUGGCCUCAGCCCUCAACCUUGAUGCCAGCUUCAUGGGCGGCAGAGCCACGCCUCAGCACUUUGUCAUGUCGGACGAUAUGGACGACUUGGAUGAAGGGAUUUUACCUGGAACUCUGCAAUCUCCCAGUAUGAUGUCACUGCGCCAACGCCACAUUGACCCCCAGCUGGCUUUGGGUUCCCAGAGGUUGGUAGAGAGUUCUCUGCUGGCAGGGCAGCAGGGAGAGGGAAACCCUUAUCCGUCUAAGCCUAGGCCUGCCUUCCUGCAGUCUCGAAGUCAUUCGUUUGGGCAACUAGAAUGUCUUCCUCUGCAAACUCUCUCCUCAGCUGUCUCUCACCCGUCAGUCAUCUGUUCUUCCAACCCAAUCCCUCAGUCUCUGCCAUCCUUGUCCUCUUCCUCCUCCUGCUUGCCCAGCACCGUUGCUGGCGGUGUUGCACAUCAUUCCUCCCAUGUACAUCAUGCUGCUUUCCAACCCAUGGACCCCAUUCCUGAUUAUAUCUCCAAAGUUCAGUCCUCAUGCAGCGACAGUCUCGGGGACUUAAAUCGCUCCGACUCGGACUCCUCGUUGUCCCUCUCACAAGUUGGUGAUCGGCUCUCGGCCUACAGCUCCAGAAGCCGUCUAAUCAAACCCACCUCUCUUGUGUAUGGGCUGCCCGUACAAUCAGACGACACCGUCUCCCUGCACUCCCUCAGCUCUAACGGAGGGAACCGCAUUUAUGAAGCCGGAGCCACAGAGGCUUUUUCCGGCAGCCCAAUAUUAAUGAAGGAGAUUCAUCCCAUGGAGAAGUCACCCAGUAUGGGAGAGAUCAACAACUUCUCUGAGUCAUCCCGUUCUUUUAGCCCCAACUCAACGGAGCCCGAUACGCCAUCCCCAACAGGAGUUGCGGGGGUGAAAGGUAGCAGUCGCAUCCCACAGCUGUCCUCCAAGAAAAGUCCUCUGGAGGAGGACAGUGGAUCAACAGGAGAAGACACAGAUCCCAGCGUCACCCGCAAGAAACUUCCCUUCAAAAUCUUCAAGAAACAGAAGAAAUAAGAGCAACAUAAACUGAAAGGCUAUCAAAGCUGCUUGACUGUAUUCCUGUAGUUUUUCUUUCUCUCUUUUUUUUAUGUCUGGGGUUUGAUUAUGGUCAAAAGAUGGCAAUAUUUAUUGCCAUUGCAUCUUUUCUGUAGGUUACAACACCUACUUUGGACUGUGGGAGCAACCAGCUGUUUCGCUUUAUCUGCUUAUUUGGUCAGUGUUUGAACCUAAUGGCAGCGGGCAGGUAUGUACAUUGGAAUGUAAAGUAUUAUUUAUUCCCGCGGAACGUUGCGUCAGUCUGAAAGGGAAACGUCUCCCUCAUGGUUUUUCUUUCUUGUUCUACAAUUUGACAUUUUGCAUGUCUUCUCUUUCGGUUGGCUGAUACGCUCUUAGUGUUUGCUUGGUUCUUGUUGUUAUCGAUCCAGCUAAAAAAACACUUGAUGCUACUUUGAUUACUACCUAACCGCCUAUCUUACAAGUCCAAAUGAAUGCACACUGUUUUUGUGGAGUUUUUUGAGUUUUUUAAUUGUGUAAGAUUUUUUUUGUCUUUUGUCUUGCAGGCAAAUUAAGUGAUACAUUUAGAGGAACUUAAAACAGAAUAGAAGAAGGUAGUUACAGCUUUCACAAUCCGAUGUUACAAUUCAAUGUCAGUUUAUCAGUAAAGGCUAGUAGAUAGAAUUCACUAGAAGAACGUCUACUAAUAAUGUUACAAAAACGACAAUCAAAAUGGAGGUUAAGGGCAUUUAUUUUUUCUCUAAAUACUUUUUCAACCUUUACUAUAUUGUAAAGGGGCAUAAUAUUGAUUAUUUCUCUUGCUUUAAAGUCCAGCUUUAUUCAACUUAAGCUACUGUUCCGAGUUGGAACAGUUUAAGACCAAAAUAAAUGACGUCACACUGACCUCUUUUGUUACUUUGCUUUAUAAACCUAUAUGUGCAUCUGAUAGCAUUUCUAUUUUCACUAAAAAGUUCUAAUUUAGUUCCAAAGGUGAAACUCAUAACAGAGGGAAAUUUCAGACAAUUUAUUUCUGUUAACUGAGGAUUGAAGUUUUUCCAGAAAAUAAAGAUCGUAGAUUAAAUUUUUCAGGAAAUUUUCUUAAUUUUCACCAGUUAAUCAAUGACACAAAACUACAUGUAGUAUGAAAUACAAAAGGCCAUUGCUGGCUGCUCAGUGCUGUAUCAAAGCAUGGCUGUGGAAAGUGGAGUGGAAGGAAAGAACUGAACAAAAACAACUUACUAAAUAAUUUACAAGCUGAAUGACAUUUUGAAACAAUUAUAUUUGUAUAUCAGACGGAUUAACCCAGGUAAAAGCCCUACUGCAUCUCUGGUUCAAGAGUGGCUUUAGACAUGACACGUUACACUGCAAAAAAUAUCAAUUUUUCUUAAAAUAAGUGCAUUUUUUUCUUGAAUUAAGCAGGUUAGUGAGAUACUCUGCCAAUGGAAUAAGACAAUUUACAUUUGAAAUAAAAACUAACUGCA